UCCAACGGGGCAGUAUGGGCUGUGCGGGGAUCCCUCAGCCCUGCGAGGGAUCCUCACUCCCGUUCCUCAUCACCGCCCCCACUGGUGACCCGAAUCCGCCUGUUGCCCUCUAGCCCCUUCCCUUGCCCCCAAACUCAGUGGUGGGAGCAGAUGGGGCAGACAAACCCAGGGUGCUGACACCCUAAGACUUCUGCUCAGCCCGCCUGCAAACAUCCUCCCUUCCCCUCCUCCCUCACCCCCGAGUCUGCCCCCCUGCCGCCCUCCUCCACCUCCUGUUGACCAUGGCAUCAGAAGCAAAGAAAACAUUCCAGAGGUUUGCUGUCUUCGGAGAAUCGUCAAGCAGUGGCACUGAAAUUACCAACAAGAACUUCUCCAAGUUGUGCAAAGACUGUGGCAUCAUGGAUGGCAAGAUCGUCACCUCCACUGAUGUGGACAUCGUGUUCAGCAAAGUCAAGGCCAAGAAUGCUCGAACCAUCACAUUUCCACAGUUCCAGGAAGCAAUGAAGGAGCUGGGCCAGAAGCGGUUCAAGAGCAAGGCCUCAGACGAAGCCUUGGAGAACAUUUAUAAACUCAUGGAGGGCAAGGAUCCAGCCACCACUGGUACUACUAAAGCAACAGCAGCAGGCGGAGUGGACCAGCUGACAGACACCAGCAAGUACACCGGCACCCACAAGGAACGCUUUGAUGAGAGUGGCAAGGGCAAGGGGAUUGCAGGACGGGAAGAGGUGACUGAAAACUCAGGCUACGUGAGUGGCUACAAGGAUGCUGGCACCUAUGAUAAGAAGAGCAAAUAGAAGGGAGCCCCAUCUUAGCCUGCCAGCCCCUGACCCUACAUCUUCAACACCAAGGAGCUUGAGAAACAAUAAACAUCUGUGUGUGCAGCAGCCAAUGAGCCCUGUCUUCCACCAGGGUUAGGGACAGCUGGACCCCUUGAUGUAGAGAGAGGGAGAAGAGAAGAAAGAGCUCAAGAAACCAGGGUUUCCAGCCACAUACCCCUCACCCUGCCUAGCCUCAUGCCUCCCAGCCAUAAAUUAGCAUUCCCCUCCAACAGCUGCUUCUAAGGAUGAGACUGGAGAAUAUAUCUGGAGAAAAGAGAUGAACCAGAUGUGGAGACAAAAGUAUUUACCACUUGUGUUUACAUAUUGCUAAUCCUCUCCCUGUACCUUCCAAAAGGGAAUAGCAAUUCUUGCUUUGACAUACUAUGACUCCCAGGUACCACCUACUAGACACUUCCCAGUCCCUCCGCCUUCCUUAUCUGUGGUGAUCCAGGUUUUAUUAGAGGACAAAUAGAAGCCAACUAGGGUGGGGCAAGGAUCUGCUCAGCCUGACUCUUAUUAUGAGUUUGCCUAAGAGCUGGGAGGAAGGGAGAAUCCAUUUUCAGCACCAGGCCCAGAACUAGGUUUCACCCCACCCCGUCACCAUCAUGGUAUGCAUGGAGCAGAAGGUCCUACUGCCUGCCAAGGGUGGCCCGGGAAGAUAGCCAGAGGUGGGUGUCUCCAGGCCAUCAAGAGGAGUCAUUCUGGUGCACUGAGGAAAAAGUAAGUCAGG